UGUGACACGACUGCGAGCUGCAUGCCAUGCAGACAAGGCGGUCUCUUUAAGACCCGGAAAGGAUAGAAAAGUGAGCCCGGGUUGUACAGUCAAUGUUUCUCUAUAGCUGCCAGCUCCUGAAGUGUAAUGAUAGUCGGGCACGUAGCGAGGACCCUGCGGAGCGCUCCGAGGAGCUGGCGGUACUGCGGUGCACUCGCCGCGGCCUACGGGCUCAGAGAGCGCCUGGACCCGCCGCGUCUCACGACGAGCCAGAGGCGCCGACAGCACAGCGGCCCCGCGAAGAGCAUGGAGGAGCUGCUCCGAAAAACCGUGGGCCCGCUGCCCACCUACGAGACCAGAGACAAGUUCCCCCUGCCUCCGGAGUCCAGCAGCAUCGAGUUCAUGCACUUCUACCGCAACUUAGAGAAGGGACAGAAAUCGGAGUUUCUGGACAAGCUGUCGCUGGAGUUCGGCGUGGACCACAGACAGGUGUUCGAGCUGGCGGGGAAGGUGCUGGAUACACAGCUGAGGGACGCAGCAACUGUGCUGCAGGCGGAGGACCGACUCCGCUACAGCCUGACGCCCCGCUACAGACAGCUGCUGAGCCACAUAAGCAGGGUGGAAGGAGGGGUCAAGUUCCUCGUGGACCUGCGCGCCGAUAUACUCGACAUCGUGUCCUCAAAAACCAGCGACAGCCCGCACAUAAGGGACCUGAAUGGGACCCUGAAGAGCCUGCUGUCCGAGUGGUUCUCUGUAGGACUGCUCCGCCUGGAAAGGAUCACCUGGCAGUCCCCCUGUGAGAUCCUGCAGAAGAUUAGCCAGUAUGAGGCUGUACACCCUGUGAGGCACUGGACAGAUAUCAAACGCAGGGUGGGUCCUUACCGACGCUGCUACGCUUUCACCCACAGCGCCAUGCCUGGGGAGCCGCUGGUGGUCCUGCACGUGGCACUCACACAGGACAUCUCCGACAACAUCCAGGCCAUCGUGAGGGAGUUUGCCACGGUGGACUCAGAGGAGGACGUCAACAAAAUCAAUGCAGCGGUUUUCUACUCCAUCUCAUCCACGCAGGCGGGGUUGCAGGGGGUAGAGCUGGGCAACUACCUGAUCAAGAGGGUGGUUCGAGAGCUGCAGAGUGAGUUUCCCCACCUGACCCAGUUCUCCAGUCUCUCCCCGAUCCCGGGCUUCUCUACCUGGUUGCAAGGCGUCCUCAGCCAGCACAGGAAGGAAUCCUGCGGAGCUGGGAUCCUGUUGGAGCAGGAAUUGGAGGAAGUGCAGCUUGUUACAGGUGUAGAGGCUGGUGGCACACCGGCUGACUCUCUUCGCAGGCUGCUGAACACCAACGAGUGGGUGCGCUCUGAGCGCCUGGUGAGGGUGCUAGAGCCUGCCCUGAUGCGGCUCUGUGCUUGGUACCUGUAUGGGGAGAAAAGGCGUGGCUAUGCUCUCGAUCCCGUUGCCAACUUUCAUCUGCAGAACGGUGCCACCAUGUGGAGGCUAAAUUGGCAGGCGGACACAAGCCCACGCGGUAUCACCAAGUCAUGUGGCAUUAUGGUCAACUACCGCUACUAUUUGCAGGAGACUGCUGCAAAUAGUGCCUCCUACCUCCAGACAAAGGUCAUUGCUGCCUCGGAGCAGGUGCUUGGUUUAGUCGCACAGUUUCAGAAGAACAGCAAGCUCUGAUUUUUUUGGCCUUAUGUUGUGAUCACACAGAAAAGCGUGCCCACACGCUGUCAGGUAGCCAGUCUGAAUGUGGCUCCUGCUUAUAAGAAUCCUACAAGAGUCUUACUGAGAUCCUUAUAUUUAUUCCAAUGGAAUUUUAAAAGAGCUACAGAUUUACUUUCAUUUUCUCUUUCAAGUAGAUCAGUCAGUGCUUGAAGUUGGCUGCCUAUCUCAUUUUGUCAAGUUAUAAUUUAUGUUAAAGAGUAAUCUAAUGCCUUUGAAGGACUCAACUUAAAGCAAGAGAGAGUUUUGAAGCCUUGCCUUGAUAAUGUCUGACUUUACAUAGGGAGUGUGCAAGUGAACAUUGCUGUAAUAAAUUACUUUUGAUUCCUGUGUUAAUGUAUUCUGCAAGGUGUUGUUUUCCUAGCGUGUGUGUGUGUGUGUGUGUGUGUGUGUGUGUGUGUGUGCGCGCGUGCGUGCGCGCGCAUGUGUCAUUGGGUGCGAAGUACACAGAGUUGUGCUCUCGAAAGACCCGAGGCUUCCAUCUUCAGGUUAUUCACAGAUUACUUUGUUUCCUGGGUUUGUGUCUUGCUGCUCUCCCACAACGCUGAAAGGCUUGAAAACAUAAAACCCACUCGCCUUUUCAUUCACCUCUUUCUAUUAGCUCUUUGUACCUUGAAAGAAGUGGAAAGAGAAGAAAGGUGUCUUUUGUUUCCAGGCUAUUUGUAUUAAAUUUUUCAGGGUAAGUUGACUGUGAGAUUGUGUUCUUUUCGGAGGCUACAGACAGGGUACUGAAUCAGAUAUUCUGGAAGCUAAUGAUGUAUAAAAAGUAGAAAAUAUAUGAAUGGCAGCAACACUCCCCUGUAGAGAACAGGAUAGGGAAUAGACUAA